CUUGUAACAAUGCCACGCCGUGCUGGCCUGCCUCUCACCCCCUUCCCCCCCCUUCUUUGCGAGUCUGCGACACACAGACGCUGCCGUGAACUGUCAAUCGGAUGACCCCACUCAUCAUGGGGGCACACCGCAGGCAUGUUGCAUAACCCGCCUGCGCCUGCGCCUGCGCCUGUGUAGUCAGUCAGUCUCGUCUGCGUCUGCGUCUGCGUCUGCCCCGUCUAUCGGAUUGUCGCACGCACGUGUUUUAACAUCUCGUGCUUCUUUUCUCUCCCCGAUUCAUCUAAUCUUCUUGACCGUCCUUCUCGCUGUCCCAGCCCAUUCUAGCUCGACCUUGUUUCCGAGGCCUUGGCCACCUAAAACCUGUCCUUCCCGUCAUCGCCCGCAUUGUUUGCUAUUCGUUUCUUGAGCCCGUGAUCCGUGAUCUACGACUUUCUCCCGCACAGAAUCUUGUUACCACCCAAGGCCUGGGAGUCUUUCGGCCAACAAAACGGCAGGCCCACAACACGUUCCCCUCUCCCUUUCUUCACAUACUAUUGAGUGAGCAGCGCUCAACCGCCGGCCGGAUAAUCACGCCAAUAAACGCCGACACACAAGUCGAUCGGCCUAAUUCUGUUGUGGACGAGGAGAACAUUGCGCAAGAGCUUGGCAUUCUCCGGGCGCCGUGAAGCAGGGUCAGCAUCAGCAUCAGCAUCAGGACCAGGACCAGGACUCAGGAAUCAGGAAUCAGGAAUCAGGAACCAGCAUGCUCUGGCACGCACGAGUAUUCGCUCUGCUCGCCGUCGGCGCACACGCCGGCGGUGUCGCCGACUUGGUGGCAGAAGGGGCUCUCACCGGUCGAUCCCCAAAAUCAAUCGAGCAGAGGAUGGGGGAACAUGCCAGUGACCACGUUGUCGUCAGCAGGCAGGCAUCAUCCACCGUGUCGCUGCAACAGAACGGCACGGUCAACAUGGCAGAGUGGGAAGCAGAGGUCAACGCCGCCUGCCUGGAAGCCCUCUCCAAGCUGUCCCAGUCGACCAAUCCCUCGGGGACAUGCACCUGCUACAACCUGCCCGUCCUGAACACCAAGACCGGCGCUUUCGAGGCGGACCUCAGGCUCUACCAGCUCAGCACCCCGAGGGAGGACUUUGCGGGCAUCCCGCCCGACCAGGUCCAGGUCAGCUUGUCGUACAAUGGGGCCAGUGUCAGCCCCGUGACUGCCUCCACGGCAGCCCAGAAGGUCUCGGGCCCGCAGGCACGGCAGGCCACCUCCAACCUCCAGCUACUGCAGACUUAUCUCUUCGUCGGGCAGGUCGACCAGGACAAGAUGCAGCUAGAGAUGAACAUGGCCGCCCUGGAAGCGCUGGUCAUGCCAACCGUCACCCUCUCUGCCGUCAACGCAGCCGGGCAGACCGUCAACACAACCGUCUCGUCCAACGAGGCGACCUUUCUGACUGGUGUCUUUUCUAACAUGGUCGUGCUGUCGGACACGGCAAGGGCCCAGGCUGCGGUGGACGACGUCACUCAGGGACUCAACAACGGGACGAUAGCCUUCGUGCUGCCGGGCGUCAACCUGCUCAUCUUCCCGAUCGGCCUGAUUAUCUGUGGUGCGUGGACGGCGAUCGGUGCGGCUGUCAUUGGGUUUGGGUUCUUUGAGCGGGUGCAGUAUCGCGAGUCGUACAGGAGGAGGUCGGCAAUCGCCAACAAGGGCUCUGCGUCGAGAAGGAUUUAAUUGUUGUUCGUCACGAGCCUCGGUCCCGCCCAGCCUGGCAGCUUCUGUGAGGCUGAUACUACGAAGCACCUGACCGAAGAUGGACUUGCACUACUGUUCUAAUCCCGGCGUGGCGGCCAGUUGAGUCGACCGUGGCACCCGGCAUUGCAUUUUAAUGAGUAUAGAAGAGCUUUAGUUUCGACAAAGACAUUACAGUUUGUAACGA